UAAAUUCGAUCCUUUCUGAUUUACGAUCAGAAAUGUGAACAAAAAUUUUAAAAUCGUUGGAUUUUUGAAAGUGUAAUUCUUAAUACUUAAAUGGUAUUCCGAAUGAACAUUAAACAUUCUGUUUAAAUCCAAAAUGGCGGUCGAAAUUUAAAGAUGAGAUACCAGGAUCGAGUAAGGUAUCAUAUUAAAGGGCUCAGCAUGCGUAUUCCUAAUCAAUUUUUUAUUUAUUUCUAAAAUACAUCCUUUUUGAUUUACGAUCAGAAAUGUGAACAAAAAUUUUAAAAGUGAUUGGAUUUUUUCGAAAGUGCAAUUCUUAUUUCCGUUUAAAUUGAAAGUGUUAAUUUAUUUCAACAUUUAAUUCAUUUGCAUGCUUGGAUAUAUCCAAGCUUCUAAGCAUUUUACUGUAGUAGGUGUCACGCAAGUAAACAAUUUAAAUUGCAAUCUGCAUUUGCUCGCCUAAUUACCAUAUCACCACGUAUCCACAGGUUGAAUAAUUCCUCGACAAAUAUUUACUCCUAGUUCUGGAUUAUGUUAUAUUAAUUAUCUAACGAAUGGCAUUUUCAUAAACACCUACGUAAUUUUUAUCAUGUGGACAGUUUAAUUUAUAUUUUUUUAUAUAAAGAUUUUCCCACAGACUCUUAUAUUUAACAGCAGUAUGUGUAUAAACAAUUGAGAAAAUUGCAUUUUGUUUCUCGUUAAUCGAUAGCAAUGCUGCAUUGUGUUUUGUUUUCCUUUUGCCUUUGCAAAUGUUUGUAUUUCAGGUAAAAUGACAUGGAGUGUGGUGUGCAAGGCGGAAUGCUAAGCGUGCCACCAGGGGGUGAUAAUGGCCCCCAACCAACCCUACCGUCGACGUCACUGUUUGCACCCCCUGACACUGAUCAGGCCCAAUUUGAAGCUGACAAGAGAGCAGUUUACAAGCAUCCCUUAUUUCCCUUGUUAGCCCUUUUGUUCGAAAGAUGCGAAUUAGCGACCCAGUCGGCCGAUUCUCAGUCUAGCGAUGCAUUUAAUUUAGACAUUCAGGCGUUUGUUCAGCAUCAGGAACGGGAUAGGAAACCGUUUUUAGCAAAUGAACCCGAAAUAGACGGUUUAAUGAUCAAGGCGAUUCAGGUGUUACGAAUUCACCUUCUGGAACUGGAAAAGGUCCAGGAAUUAUGCAAAGACUUUUGCAAUCGAUACAUUACAUGUUUAAAAGGUAAGAUGCAGUCGGAAAACCUCCUUCGCUCCGACUAUCCCCAAGGUCCCACUGUGAUGAAUGGAAACUUGGAAACUAACAACAACAGCAUGCUGUCCCACGGGAACUCCGACAGUGGUUCAAAUUCGAACAGUCCCGUUCAGUACAACAGUGUGAACAAUAGUCAAGUUGUGUCGGCCCCAGGCGGUACUCCAACUCCCAUGGACCGUCCAGUAGAGGGGCACAACGGUUUCGGAGGUGGCCUGCACUAUUCUUCGACCCCUACACCUCCCCUUCAACAGCAGCAGCAGCAGCAGCACACUCCUUCCACCUGCAGCGAUCCCCUAGUGGUUCACGGGUCUACCCCGUUGUCGCAGAUAGGGGCGAACGUGUGUCCUCCACCGCCUCCUAGUGAUAGCUCGGGACAGGUUUCGCCCGCUCCAACAACCCCCGGCGGCUCCGAGGAGUGUGACAGCGAUUUUACCUCGCGAAUCGGGAGGAAACCGAAGAGGGGCGUUCUACCGAAACAGGCGACUAGCGUUAUGAGGUCGUGGCUGUUUCAGCAUCUCGUGCAUCCCUAUCCAACGGAAGAUGAGAAGAGGCAUAUAGCUGCUCAAACGAAUUUAACCCUGCUCCAAGUGAAUAAUUGGUUCAUUAACGCUAGGAGACGCAUAUUGCAGCCCAUGUUGGACGCAAGUGCCCCUAGCGAUAAUGGUAACAUAGGGACGUCACCCGUUCAUAAAAAGAAAAAGGUCCAAAACAAUAACCGUCGAUUUUGGCCUCAAGACUUCUCCGGGAUGCAACCCCAAUUAGACAGUGGUAUUCUGUCCAGUUCCGAUGACGAGGGUGAUUCGUAUAGCAGCGACGGGGAUGAGGGUAGUCUGGUAAUAGAUUCCGGCACCACUCAAAACAACGACGUCACCCAAAACGGCCACCGGGACGUAGACACGUUGACCUUUGCGAAUUCCGACUCGGAAAGGUCAUAAGCUAACGUAAUAAUAAAAGAGACAUUGGUAUCUAUCGAAAAUGAUAUACAUACAUACAUAUAAUCGGUUUACUAUUUCGACGAACCUCGUAUACGUAAUAUAUACCUCAUUUAGAAAUGUGCGGUUGAUACCCCUUUGGGAUCGGCCGUCGAAUUUUCAAGUAUACUACCCCUCGUGAAAAACACUGACCCAUUCCAGUAUUAAACAAAAAGAGUUCUUGUAAAUUAUUAUACGAUUAACUGUAAGUAUAUAUACGUAAAUAUUUUUAAUGUUUGUUACUGAUGUUCGGUCAUCUGACACUAGGAAAGUUUAAUUUAAUCACGGCAGGCGACGAUGCGUAUUUAAAUUAAACUGAUAGUUGGCUUGAGCGUUGCUCUUGAUGUGUAACCGUUCAAAAAAUAGUCAAAUUUCUUGUUUGACAGGCCCCGCGUCUUCCAUACAAACAACAGUCUUUUGUUAUUCGACUGUUUUUGUCACGCACUUUUGUUUUGUUUUUUUAUUACUGCAUUUUGAAAGAGGUUGUCAUAUGUCUUUCUGGUUUAUUUUUGGUGAUCGCUGCAUUUUAUUCUAUUAGGUAAAUUCAUUCCAAAAAAUAUUUAUUUUUGUUAUAUAUCAUAAGAAAGAUUAUUUUUUGAACUGAAUACGUUUGUAUACACACGUGGAACUUAUAUACGUAAUUAAACAAUAAAUAAAAAUUUUUCCAUCCAAUUUACUUUGAAUAACGAAAAAUAUAAUAAUUAUAUACAUGUGAAAAUAUUUUUCUUUAUAUGUAUCUAUAAAAAAAAGCUUAAAACACAUUACUGUUAAUGUAGGUCGUCUUCGCGAAAAUAUGUAUUUUAAGAGUUUUUACUGUGUCAUAUUUUCAGCUGACGACGAUGAGACAAAUUUUUCGGAUAUCUAUAUACAAGAACAAUUAUAUUUUGAGCUCACCAUCACUUGUUAUGCUUGAAAAGACAUAUUUAGAUUUUUUAGAUACCAUAGUAGGGAUCGUUUGCAAUUUUUAAAUAAAUAAUUGCAACAG